AUGCGUGCACUUGCAGGCGCCAUUGUCACAGGGGCCACCCUCCUCACUUUCCUUAAUUUGCGUGACAGUCACGAGGGUGAGAUUGAGCAGGGAUGCGUGUGUCAGUUGACAACAACCACCCGUGCGCUCCUCCUUCCAUGUUUCAGUCAACCUGUCUUUUGCGAGAUGACUGCAAAGGAGAGUGAACGAUGGGGUGCACCUCAGGCCGUGCGAAAUGCAGGUUAG